CUGAAAUACUUGUCACUCGUUUGGCGCUUAAACUCAAAACCAAAACAACAAACUCUUGUUGAGAUCACCGCAACUGAUCCCAAGACCACACAUAAGAUUAUAGGAGAUUAUCACCGAAAUGGCUAAUUGUGUGGAUACUCUGGAAGCGGUCUUGGGAAGCGUUGACUGCAAACUGGACUCAAUUCUGUACCAAUUGGAGCACAAGUUGUGCCAAAUCGAGACACCCGAUGGCGGCGAUGGCCAACCGAUUGUCAUGAGUUGCUCGCAGAUGAUCACCGACUUGAAGGACAUCCAGCGCGACGUCCAAGCGAUCCGUUCGCAGCGCAAAGAGCUACAGGAGCUCGAGAAGCAGCUGUCGGACCAGUUGUGGCACAAGUGUAAGGGUGUGGAGAAGGAUGUGCUGAAACUGAAGCGAACCGUGAAUUACGAGUAGUUUUUGUGAUUCAAUGAAUGCUUUUUGAUUACAAUUUACUAAUUGUUUACUUAAAGUGUAUUUAUAUUUAUAUAACAAAUGC